CAUUGAGAAGCUUCUGAGGCUUUUCAGUCUCAGAUCCAUUACUAUAUUGCAGCACAGGCCUGUCCUCGAUGUUUACUUAAUAUCAAAAUGCUACAGCACAGAUGGAGGGAGCUUUCUCCAGCAUGGCUUGCAAGCCCCAUGCCUGCAACAGCCUCGGCAGUUUGUCGUAGGCGUCAUCAGUCUCAUCAGACCAUUUCAAUAUUAACACACCAUUGCCCUGCAACGUAGACAUUCAGCGACAGAAGACUCGCAUAAGACAAUAAUCUACCUAUCAUGUCAGACGUAUCAAUCUUCAAGACUGCGGCUCCGUACCAUAUCAUCUCAUAUGGCACAUUGCUUGGAACCCAGUUCUUCCAGACAUUUGUGGGCGGAAUCGUAAGCUACAAAGCUCUCGCGCGACCCCAGUUUUCCCAACUCCAGCAGAAGCUAUUCCCCGUAUACUUCGGCAUCCAGACUACACUUCCCGUGGUUGUAGCCCUCACAUACCCUGCUUCGAAAUUGGGUUUGGGGACAUCAUCUGGUCUCUAUGGCGUUUUCGCAGAUGUCAACAGAUGGAGCGUUUUGAUCCCGAUUGCAACUAUCUUUGUGACGAGCCUGGUGAACAUGGCAUUGGUUGGUCCUGCUACAACGAAGAUCAUGAGAGAGAGGAAGCAACAAGAAACCCGAGAUGGAAAGAAAUACUACGACCCAGCCCCACACAGUGAAGAGAUGCAGAAAUUGAACAAGGCAUUUGGUAGCAUGCAUGGAAUCUCAUCACUGCUGAACCUCUCCGGCUUUAUUGCGACCUUGUGGUAUGGCAUUUCUCUUGCGGCAAGAAUUCAAUAGAUGGGUGCAGUGAGGCCGACCCUCCACAUACUGUUUCUUGAUGGACAUAAUUGCGGGCUCAGAUCUUGGCAGCUGUUUCUUCAGAUGCUCUUUGUCUCUAGUGACUCUAGAAAGAAGUUAGACGAAAAUCUUGACCACUUGAUUGGGUUAAAGAGCUGAUAUCUAUAAUGUGCAAGUCGCCCUGUGCAGGAGAGCUUCUAGCGAAUGUAAGUGCGUUAGUGUACCACAGAAUGAUAACAACUGGUUUCCUUCUCCUACGGUCCCAUGGAGCUUAAUUUGUUAUCCAGUUCAAUUGCAAUGCUAACAAGCUCAGAAAGCCUUGCGCUCAGCCUUGCAUCACGCUUGUGGCUUGCUCAAGUGACACAAGUGCUGCUGCCUUCACACCUGAACACG